AUGAAAAAGUCUAUAAAAGCAAAAAAAAAUAUAUCUACUAUUGUAAGUAAAAAAGGAAAAGGUGCCGUUACAACCAGCACAAGUAGAAAACGUCGCCUUUCUCUCAAUUCUGAACAAGAGGAAAACUUGAUAAAAAAAGAAGCAAAACUUGCAACAUCACCUGAAGUUUUCUCGAUUUUUACACCCAAAACCAAAAUUGAAUGGUCACAACACGAAUCAAUUUUGAUCGGUCUUCAUCAGAUAUCCAAAGAUGGAAGGAUAGAAGACAAUCGGAAUAUCGCUGGGCUUGAUUUGGAUUGUACAUUGAUUUCAAGUAAAGGAAAUCGUAAAGUUUCAAAGGAUAAAUAUGAUUGGGUUUGGUGGAGUAAAGAAGUUCCAACGAAAUUGAAAAAAAUUUAUGAAGAGGGGAUUGUUAUCAUAAGUAAUCAAAAUGGACUUGAUGUCUCUAAUAAAAAUAGCGAAAAAAAGAGGACAGACUUUAUUAAUAAAAUUGGGAAUAUUGCAAAUAGUUUAAACGUACCAUUUGAAAUCUAUGCAGCUACAAGUAAAGAUAAAUAUCGUAAACCUAUGAUUGGAAUUUGGAAAUAUUUGGUUGAAAAUAGAAUUAACGGUGUUGUUGAUAUGGAAAAAAGUUUUUAUGUUGGAGAUGCGGCCGGUCGCGUAAAUGAGUGGGCCGAUACAGAUAGAAAGUUUUCCGAAAACGCAGGACUUAAAUUUUAUACUCCAGAUGAAUUUUUCAAGAAUUCUGAAAUUGAACCUUUUUCAUAUGAUUUUGAUCCUAAAAAGAUUUCAAAAAAUGAUAAAAAAUCUGAAAUCAUAGUCUUUGUUGGAUAUCCUGCGAGUGGAAAAACUACAUUUGCCAAUAAGUGUGACGGUUUACAAUGUAUCCAUGAUUUCAAUUUAAUUCAUUCCGAAAAUAUAUUUACUCAGGAUACAUUGAAGACGAAGGCAAAGUGUGUAAAGACUUGCGAGGAAGCUCUAAAAAAAUCCAAACCAGUUGUCAUAGAUAAUACAAAUCCUGACGUUGAAAAUAGAAAAAUGUACAUUGAUCUGGCAAAAAAAUAUGAUGUUCCUAUCCGUUGCUUUUGGUUCCAAGCAUCAGAGGCAUUAUCUAAGCAUAAUAAUAUGUAUAGAGCUUUUGGUACAACUGGUCAGAAACGUCCAUUAUUGCCCGAAGUCACGUUUCAUUAUUACAGGUCAAGAUUUAUAGAACCUAAAAUUGAGGAAGGAUUCCAAGAAAUAAACGAUCUGCAAUAA